GGUUUAUUACCGAAACUCUAGUGCUUGACAUUGAAGAUCCCUGCCUGCAACAUUAGUAGAUGAACUAAGUAGGUAGGUAUGAAUAUAAAAGGAGCGAGCAUCCCAAGAGUCUCCUCGAGGUACUAUAUGCUUAAGCAGAACCAAUUCAUUACCCACCAUGCCUAACUUCCCCGAGAUCGAGACAACGCUAGCCUCCGUAGAGGCCAGUCCUCAAAUCCUCCAGGUCCUUCGCGACUUGCAUACAAAGGCCCUUUCCGAAACCCCCUUUUUAGGUGGGAAUGGGCCGACAACAGGGGCUUUAGACAGGUUUGUGGCUCUUGAUCCCGACAAGUGCGCAUUAGUCUAUCUUCUCCUCCGAUCUACCCAGGCGCGUUUCGUCGUUGAAGUUGGGACAUCUUUUGGCUUGAGCACUAUAUAUCUCGCGUUGGCCGUAGGACAGAAUGCCGGACUACAAGGCUCUGAUGGAAAGGUCAUCGCGACGGAGAAUGAGCCCAUUAAGGCAGCGAAAGCCCGAGAGCAUUGGAAGGCCGCUGGAAACGAGAUCGAGAAGUGGAUUGAACUAAGAGAGGGCGAUCUUCGUGAAACUCUCAAGACGCAUUUGCCUGAGAAAAUCGACUUUCUACUGCUGGACAUCUGGACUCCCCUAGCGCUACCAACCUUGGUCCUUGUGCACCCACGAUUAAAGGUUGGCGCAAUGGUCGUUGCUGAUAACACUAUUGUGGCGGCGGAUGGAUACAAGGACUUGGUUAGCUACCUAGAAGACCCUGCCAACGGAUUUAAGAUGACAACAGCCCCUUUUUCCGGGGGUCUUCUCAUUGCGGUAUACGUGGGGAAGAGAAACUCGUAAUCGGUUGUCGAUGCUUUGGGCAUCAUUUCCGACUUUACCGGUCUUUUUACUUCAUCAGCCGAUAUAUUCUUGGGGUGCUGACGGUGAGAAGGGUUAUUCUCACCUGGAUUAGCCCAGGAAGAGGCGAUCCCUGGAUCUCUGGCCCAGUGAGACAUCCAGGAUAAAGAGGUUCCAGCUAAGUUCAUAGUUUUUUGUACUUCCACAGAAUUCUCUUUUCACUUCUCGCUCGCAUUCUCACAACAAUGGC